AUGCGUCGAUACCUCGAAGAAUUCUCCCCCUCCUCCGCCUCCCCCCCACCGCCCCACCUCCAGAUCUACACCUGGCCCUCCUGCACCCUCCGCGAACUAACCCACCUCCUACUCACCGCUCUCCCGUCUCUGCUCCCAAGCCCCGCAAUCGGCACGCGUCUCUCCUACCGCCUCGUCUACCCCGACACCCGCGACUACACCGCGCGCGGCGGGGGCCCACCAGGUGCGGGACGGUAUCUGUCCAAAGAGCUCGGGAGCGUCGUUGUUGGGGCCGGGGGCCCGGGGGUUGAGAGCUCGGAUGCGGUUGAGAGGGAUAGGGAUGAGGGAGAGGGGUCGGAAAAGAGGAAGGGACUCAGUCAGGCGGAGCUGGAGAGGUUGGAGGGGGAUGCGGAAAAGACGCUGCAGGAUGCGAGGCUGGUGAUUGGAGAUUACAUUUCGUGCGCGGUGUUUCCACCGCUGGCAAAUGGGGAUGUAGCGACGGGUCCGGCGCCGGGUCCGGCGUUUAGAGGGAGCAGGGACUUAGGGCCGCCGCCCAGGGGACCGCCGCCGAGGGAUCUGAAUGGUUUUGGUGGAAAUGGUGGGUAUGGUGGGAGAGGCAGGGCGAUGGGUGGAGGUAUGGGCAGAUUCGAGGGGGGCCCGGGCAGGGGUGGGGGAUACGUACCGCCGGGGGAGUGGAGGAGGGGCGAGCGGUUGCCUGACGUUGGUUAUGGUGGCGGCUUUGGGCGUGGACGAGGUCGUGGAAGGGGCUGGUGA